GCUUGGCGUUUGUUUCGACAAGCUGAUCGAGCGGCCUGCCAGCGGUGACGAGUAACGAGUAACGCGCGUGGUGUUGCCCAUCUUUGUCGAUAUCGGUGAAACUCGGCCCCAAAUCGGGUCCCUGAGGUAACGCGGGAUCUUGUUAACGAUUUAUCUCCCCGAGAGCAGGGAUUGUGUCGGGAUGUCGCAGGAAGCCUCCGUAAAAUCGUCGCCGCAAUCGCAGGUGAUCAGCCUGGCGACCCUGCCGAAUUUGAACCUUCAACAGCUGACUAUGUUCAAGCAGCAACUGGAUCAGGAGCUCGGAGUGUUUCAGGACUCCUUGCACACGUUGAAAAUCGCCCAGAGCAGAUUUCAGGAAUCGGGCUCUUGCCUCGAGAAGAUCACGCCGAAUACCGAAGGCAACGAAAUAUUAGUACCUUUGACUGGUUCUAUGUAUGUGUCUGGGAAACUAGCAGAUGCGAAUAAUGUGAUUGUUGAUAUUGGUACUGGUUAUUACGCAGAAAAAAGUAUCGAAGAUGCAAAGGACUAUUUUAAAAGGAAAGUGGAAUAUGUUACCGAGCAAAUGGAAAAGAUCCAGCAGGUUGGAAUUGAGAGGACCAAGUUGAGAGAAGCAGCGAUGGAUAUAAUAGAAGCAAGACUUCAAUCUUCAGCCUGGGAUGGACGUGGAAAGCGAUAAAUUUCAAGUUAACAAUUUGAUUUUAUAUAUCUUUUAUCAUAUUAUUCAUUCUCGUUUGCAUCUAUUUGGAAAUCUUUGUUAAAUUUACUGGCUUUGAGAUAUUACAUAUGAAUGCAAUUUCAUAUAAUAAUAAUAAGAAGAUCUUAUUAAGUAUAAUGAAUAUAAGAUGUAUGCGUUUUGUGAUAUCACCCUGUCGUAUUUCAUUUAUUCAACUUCGUCUAUUUGAUAAAUUAAUAUACAAUAGAUUUUUUGUACAGAAAUACAUAUUUAUAUACUUACAUAUACUUAUUAGUAAAUUAAAAUGUAUUUCUCACUAAGCGUUCUUCUUAUAACUAACAAUUUCUUUUACAUAAGAUCUUGAAAUAGUAAAGUUAUUAAACUAUUUAAUUAAUUGCUAAAUACCUGUAUUGAGAAUAAAACGGACAGUAAAGAA